AUGACGACAGAAUCAGUGUCAAUCACGGUGGUAGGCGAUGGAGUUGUGGGAAAAACAUGUCUUCUGAUGCGUUACGCGACUGGCCACGAGCCAGAUUUCGAUAGUUACGUUCCUACGGUCUUCGAUGAUUUCAAAGAAGAAAUCACCGUAGAUGGAAAAACCAUCAAUUUGAAACUGUGGGAUACUGCAGGACAAGAGGACUACGAGAGGAUACGUAGCUUAUGUUACAAACAGACCGACUUAUUCAUAGUCUGCUACGCCCUGAAUUGCAUCACCUCUGCGAAGAACUGUAAACAUAAGUGGAAGAAGGAACUAUCUCGAUACAAAAAACCCAUAGUACUAAUAGGCACUAAAUUGGAUCUGAUCGAGGAUACAACGAUGGCCUAUAAUUUCGGUACAGAGCUUCUGAAAGAUAUGAAGGUUAGCGGUCUUUUUUUCACAUCCGCCAAGACCGGCGAAGGAGUCAGAGAAGCAAUAACGGAAUCCGUUAGGAUUGCGAUUAAGAAGAGGAAGAAGACCUCUUGCGUUUUGUUGUAGCCUCAAUAAAGCAUCGACGGCAAUGGAGAAGGACGGACAAAUAACUAUAGUGUGUGGAGCGUAAUAAUUGCGGUCGGCUUUUUGCGGUUUUCGUGCUCACACAAAAGACGCCAAAUUACAAAAUUUUCAAUGUGAAUGAUGGAAAUAAAAAAAACACGAAAUGAAAGCAAACAAAAAGGAGAACAAAUCUGCGGCGUACGAAUCCGAACGCAAACACAGAAAAACGGAUGAAAAGUGCUGGAUUGUGUUCCGGUGAUUGACGUUGCCAUUAAAUACUGUUUUGUGGCUACAUAAUUACUCUUCGGCAUGAUUUCACUAUACAAUUUUAUAUAUGGAGCAAAGAAACACAAAGAAAUUUAUUUACAAUGCAAUAUUUUUGGUAUUAAUGGAAUCGAGAUUAGUUAAUAGUAAUAAAGUGCUUGUCUAUAUUUAUAAUUUAUCUA